AUGGACCGAGAGCAAUCGAAAGGAUCGAGGGCACGCGACAGAAUCGAUUUCUUUGCUUCGUUCACGUUCCUAGGUGUACUAGCAGUACGAGACUACGAGUACAGUACUUCAGUACAACUUGACAUGUGGAAGGCCCGUCUCUGGAAGAAGUACCUACUUACGAUCUCUCCAAUUUCACUCUGUAAUCCUCCCCCUCUAAGCAGGUGGGUAGGUAGGUCAGGCACUCUCCAUAGUCUCACUCCUAAACAAGUCAUCCCAGCCAUCCUCUACCAGCUAUCCCCGUCUGGAAAUGGAAAUGCACUCCACCAGUCCAAGAUGACCAAGUCCUCCCAGGGAAACAAAUUCUCCAUAGCCGCGCUAUACGCGUGUUUCAUCCAACUUCCGCCUCUUCGAACCCCCAUGGACCCCCCUUGCAUGAACGCCCGCGCCCACGCCUUGGAAGCAUACCUCCGAGGAUUCACCGGUGGGCAUUAUCACCAAGACCUUCCAGAGACGAGAGAGCGAGAGCUUAGCUGCGCUGCCUCUGUUACCCCCGUCGUCCGUCGUCCGCUGCCGCCACCCCACACCCGUCACCGUGGGAUCCAUGAUCAGUCAGAGUCAGGGCUUGAUUGGUCUCGCGCGAUAGACGAUCGAUGA